AAUCUCUGUCAUUGGCACUGUGACGAAAGCUGGCACUGUGUCACGGGGCUUUUUGAUAUCAUCACUGACAAAAGGGUGACGUGGAUCUUGUAUCCUGUCCAGUGAGAGGGUGACAGUGACAACGAAAACAUCUCUAAGUGCCCCAGUCUACAAGAAAGUGCCAGCCAAGGCCACCAUGAGAGCGUUGGCACUGUCCAUCCUGGUAGUGACCCUAGCCCUGGGUCACGCCCUCCCUUACAGAAAAGGGUUCUCGCCGCUCCCGAACCCACUUCAGCUCUCGCAGGGUGUCCCGGGGCCCAAGGGCCCUCCUCUCGUGCCGAAGGAACAGGAGAGCUUGGAGGCUAGCGGAGAAGGCGACAGCGAAGACGACGACGAUCUCAAGGACGACCCCGAUUGGGUGCCCACGGCGGAGGACUACGAGGACGCUGCUGACGACGACGACGGCGACUAUUCGUAUGAGUAUUACGAAGACUAUAUCGUCGAACCGGAUUAUAAUGAAGAGGAAGAUGAACUCUGGUCUUCUGAUGACGAUCCCGAUUGGCUUCCUGAAGGUGUGAGCGAGGAAGACAGCCACAACGAUGACGAGGACGAACUUUGGUCGUCCGAUGAAGACCCUGAUUGGGAACCCGAAGAUCAUAGCAACGAAGAAAGUUCCGAGGAAGUGAGUCAGACCAGCGCAGAAGAUAAAAUUGGAAACCUCGACCAAGACCUCGUCCAGGAGCUCGCCGAGGCCAUGGUUAUGAGAGCAGAAGGACAGGGCACUCUCGAGGACAUGAUCAAGCUGAUCGUGAGCCUCAACCUGACGCGGGAGGAGGCCCUCGAAGCCUUGGACGGCCUCUACAAGAUCAUCGCGGAUGACCAAGCGCAAGGACAGAGUAAAGAACAGGAACCGCACCCCAAUGACUUAGACCAGACGCGUCCUGAGAUCCCCCGUCCGUCUCCCGAGAGCGAGUCCUUUAGCAAAAGACCCCUUCGUCAGUACAAGGGCCAAUACUCCCAGCAGCAGGACCAGUACCGACAGGCCGACCAGCUGGAUUUAGCGCACGGGGUGGAGCCUCUGUCGCCGGGGAGCCAAGGGAGGGUGGACGUCGGCCUUGGAGUGGAGCCAGUGGUGGAGGAGGAUGACGGGUAUUCCUUCGGCGAUUGGCUGGCUAACACCUGGGACGCGGCCUCGGACAAGGUAGAAGAUCUUGGAGACCGCGCCGAAGACACUUUCCGCGGUAUCGGACACUCGAUCUCUGGCGCGGUGGAGACGGCGGUCGACAAGGUUCAGGAAACAGCUCACGCGGCAGGUGAACACAUUGUCAGCACCUAUGAAAAAGCUAAGGAGAAACUGGCCAUCUUAAAGGAACGUUUGGCGGUCAUUUUCACCAAACUGGGAGUGACCAUCCAGGUCGGAGCCGAAUAUUGCUUCCAGAAACUCGCUCACGCCGUUGAUCAGGUUCGAAGCAACCAGGUCUUGGACAAAUUGGAGCAGGAACUCCAGAAGGGCAACGAGCAAGUGUCUAAAUUCUUCUCUGUCUUGGGUCAGAAGAUCACAGCUUGGAAGGCAGAGCACCCAGACACAGAUAUCGACGCUGGUUUAGUAAUCCACCAUGGCCAACAGGAAGGCCAGGGAGAUCAGCUGGGCUAUAAUGUGGACGAGACACAUGGCGAGCAAACAGUACCGGAGUUCUUCUGGGACCAGCAAGUGGUAGAUGAGCUGGAUAAGCUGGUGGAGCAAGGCACGUUGACCCAGGAUGAACUCCAGGUGUUCCCGCUACAACAGUCAACACAGGGCUACGCCAGAGAGCGCAGGGAGAGGAUGGUGAGGUCUUGGGUGGAUUCCCUGAGGCACUUCGCUUAAUAAGGCCACUUAAUGUAACACACAUAUAUAUAUACACACAUAUCCACCUACACAAGGAUAGAAGUCCACAGGGAUAGAUUCACGUAUACACACACUGUCCUACUCUUCUUUAUCUUUCUCAUCUAAACAUACACACAAACAGAUACACACACAAACACAUGUACACACGCACGCAUGCACGCACGUACGCACACACACACACACAAACA